AUGUUUGGCCCAUUCAGGAUAACAAAUGUUUUAAAUGGAGGUCUUCUAUGGAAGACCCCAUGGCGCCUCUCCAGAUUCCAGAAGCUCCGCCAGCGCAGGCGGCUGCGAGCUGUCGACGACGUCGUAGCGACUUUGGACAGGGCGCUGGCCAAGAAGGGCGAAACGCUCAAGUCGCUCGAGAGGUGGAAGGAGGAGAUGCCGACCGAGGCUGAGAUGGCACCCAGGGACAAGUACACCAUCUUUGCGCGGUAUGAGAAGAAGUACCGAAAGGGAAUUCACAAGCUGCCAAAGUGGACAAGAGUGUCACAGAGAGUCAACCCUCCUGGUUUCUGA